CAGCCCUCACACAGAACAAGUCUGACUUUUGCAGGGAGCACAAGGUUCUCUCUGGACGCCGCUCCUCCAUCACAGACGGGACAGUACAAUUUAUUUAAAUUUUUUUUUGUCUUCAGAGCAGCGCUAAGCCCCACAGGUCAGAGCAGCAUGGGGAGCAGCAUUUCAUGUGUCCCCCAACAUAACUUCAGGUACUCCAGCAAGAGUUUCAUUCGCAGAAACAGCAGUCGUCUGUUUCGCAAGAAGAAUCCCCAAGAGGGACAGGAGAAAUCCAACAGCAUCAUAAAUAUCUUGUGCACGGUCACUCCAAGGAAGGAAAUGUCUCCUAAAGAUCUACAGACGAUAGAGAAUAUAAAAUGGGACCCUCCUUUCGCCUAUGACCCGGCCAGUGGGUGGAAGAAGAGCAGCAUCAAUGUGAAGAAUUUCGGACGGAUGAUUCACAGCUCCAAAGUUCGUUUCCGUUUCCUGCACUGCCAGGACAUACACGACUGCUACCUGGAUCUCUUUGAAUCACAUCUUCAUUUUGUCUCCAACAACACAACUGGGCUAACCUAUCAGGGAACUCUACCAUUGAAGGAGCUUUCUAUCUGCAACCUGCAGCAGAACUGUAAUCACAGCCAACCAGAGGAAUAUGCCUUCCAAAUAAACGGUGUCAGCCUGAAUCCCAUCAUCGUCUACUGCGCCAGUCAAGACGAAAUGGACAUGUGGUUUGGCCUCCUCAAGGAGAGCAUCGAGCAGAAUGGAGGCACUGCCAUCCAACCCGAAAAUUACACCAGAGUGAGACUAAACCAGAACAAAUCUGAAGGAAGAGAGGAGCUGAGGAACUCCAUCAACAGAGAGCCCAUCUAUGAGUGGGAGGGCUCUCAGAGGGACAGCCUGGGCCCCAUCGCCUACGUCACCAAAGUCCGACUGCAGCACCUGCCCUGCCAGGAACAAAGUGACAGAUUGCUGGUGAUGUACCCUUCCACCCUGAUCAUCUUAUCAGAGGAGAGCAACGGGCUCUUCUAUAAGGGCAAGCUUCCACUCAACAUGAUUACAGUAACCACUCCCUGUCAGGACAUUAAGCCCAACACCUUUAUGAUCGAAGGCAAGCUGAUCAACCCCAUAGUGGUGUCCUGUCUGGACAGAACAGAGUUCUGUGACUGGAUCCAGCAGUUCAAAGCCGUUGACGUCCCUGUUCUCAGCCCUCCACCCCCCGUGUAUGACAUCAUAUACACGCCAACAAACAAAGAGCAAGCAACAAAGUUCGAUAGAUGGAGUGGAAACAGCCAAGGAAGAGCGGAGUCGCUCAAAUACAGCCAGCCGCCAAGCGGGCGUGGGUCCUUGAACCUUCAGGUACCAGUUCAUGAGGAAAACCUGAUGUCUCCAGGAUACUCUGAGCCUCUCUGUUACAGCUCCAGUCGCCCCUCCUCAAUCGAGACGGCCCGACUGGGCAGCAGGACCAACAGCGUGUCCUCCCAGACCAGGCCAGACCGCGACCCGAGACCUUUGUCGCUGCGCUACUCCUCGCCGCAGCACGGCUCCUACCUGCAGCCUGCAGAGAGCGCCCCGCUGUCUCAGCUCUACAGCACUCCCUACUCCGCCCUGCACCGUGUCAGCCCUCAGCGGCUGGAGAAAGCCCCGCUGGUCAAGUCUAACAGCUGGAGCACACCACAGACAUCCCUCAACUACUCUCUGAGUGCCAGCCAACGCCACUCUGACCUGUGCGCCCUGCGUCAGCCCUUGUCUCCCUUGUACGAUGAGCCUUGCACCCCAGAGAUCUUCAGCCUCGAGGAGCCCAGGCCAGUGCAGAAGAGCUGGAACAAACCAAUCCAACACAACCAUCAGGAUGCCCAUCUCCUUCCCUCGUCUUUCCAGCUACGCACUCCCCCCAUGGGCAGACGCACAGGGAGAAACCUGGCCCUGGCCAACACCCAGGCGCAGGUUUCAGGCCUACAUGUGGAAAUGCCUCAAAGCCAAGCAGAGCAGAGAGCAGAGGCCGUGUCGAGGCUGAAGCUCCUGCCGAUGCCAGGUCACGUCCAAGAGCAGAUGCAUCUCCCAUCAAGCUCUGUGAGGAACGCUUCUCAUGCGCCUUAUGGCUACUCACUAGAUAUCCGCCAUUCUUACCUCGAACCCAUGGACCCAGAUGACCAGGAAGUGGACUAUGACAACAUUUGGGAGUACGACGGUGAGACUGGGAUGAUUCAGCCGGUGUGUGGAAUUUCAACACAGUGGACAGGAUUAGACUUUGGGGCCCAGGGCCUUGGUCCCAUGGCAACUCGGCAGAAAUGGUGCUAAAACAAAACAAAAGGCCCGGCACUCGUCUGGACGUGCGCAAACAUCAGAUCACUAUCACAGGGAUAAUAAAAGCCAACGGUUGUGGCCGGAGCAUCUGCUGGUGUGUACAGUGUGGAGUAACAAAUCUGAGGAAGUGCUUUGUCAGAUGUCAGGAGAGUGGGAGAAAAAAUAAGACACUGCAACGCAUUUCACUUGUCUGGUUCAUAUGUAGCAUUUAAGAUGGGCACAUACAGUGCAUUGUAUGUAACUUUAUUAUAAUAAUUAUUAUUAUUUUAUGUAUUAUUUAACUCCAUCGUUGCUAUUUCAUUUGCAUUAUCUUUAUGAUUCUUUCAUGUACUGUUUCAUUUUGUUUCUAAAUUAAAUCAGUAAAAGCAUUCCAUUACAGCUUGACUUGUUACAAAGUAUGUGAUUAUUUUUGUUUGUAAAUGUUGUAAAUUUAAUAAGCCGCAUUGUUAAUGGAAAAAGAUGUGGCUUGAACCGAUUGUCCUAAAGGUGCUAACAUUGUAAAAACUCAUGCAAUGUAAAUGUGUGACUUUUCUAUUUUUGUUUGGUGUGUUUUUUAUUAUUAAUAUUUGAAAAAUAAAAGAGUGGAAAAUAUA